UUAUUAGAUGCCCACCGCCGUUAACCCUCAUUGAAGAAGAAGAAGACAAGACAACUAACGACAUGGAAAUGUUUCAAGAGGACAGCUUGAACAUAAUUUUUGGUAAAAAACAAAUCGUUGCUGUCAGAGUUGUGUUGAGCGUCCCUGCGAACGUAAGUGCUGUGCGGACUGCGGUCAUCGUGACGCACGGGACUGGAGGGGACGUCAACCUAAAGCAUUUGGUUUCUCUGGCCCGUGUGCUUGCGUCGAAUGGUCUGCUAUGUCUUCGCUUCGCGUGUAAAGGUAUAAACCUGGGUUACAGAGUGAAGGCUUACAAUGCUGUUUUGGAACACUUGAAAUAUCUUAAGAAAUUCACAAUCAGACAAAUAUUCUUUGUUGGACGUUCUCUAGGGGCUCGAGCUGCCUCUGCUCUGGCCAGGCAGCUCAGUGUUCGACCAGAAGAUGCAGUAGCAGGUCUCGUCUGUCUGUCCUUCCCCCUACACCCUCCAGGACAGACCCACGCCCAUCGCCAGCGGAGCGAGGACCUCCGGGGGUUGCCUACGGAGGUGCCUGUGUUGUUUCUGUCUGGCACUGCAGACAACAUGUGUGAGAAGAUCCUUCUAGAGGAUGUCGUUAAAGAGAUGAGAUGUCCAACGACUGUUCGCUGGGUGGAAGGAGGCAACCAUGGGCUCAUAGUGAAGGGAAGGACGGAGGAGUCUGUCCAGGAUGAACUCAACGCACAUGUCUUAUCAUGGAUUUUGGAACGAAUUGCAUGAAGCUGACUCUUGAUUCUAAAGUUGUUGUUGGUCCACACAUUCCAUAGUGUGUUAUUAGUGUAAUAUUAUGAAUAUGUUGUGUUUAUAAUGUAGAAGAAAUAUAUACUUUUAUAUAUAUAUAUAUAUAUAUAUAUUUUAUAAAUUAAUUUUUUGGGCUAAAGGUAUUGACAGAUUUGCAGUGAAGAAUACACUCUGCGGGGUGCUUCUCUGAAAAUGAGUGGUGCCUUUUAGUGGGGUGUGUUCAGGGAAGCCAAACUUCCCCAAAUAUCAGUGUACAAAAUCAAAUCGAGUUGUAUUUGUCACAUUGCGCCGAAUACAACUGUGAAAGUGUCAAAUCCCAUUGAGAGCAUACGUCAUUGACAGAAAAAAUGUACAUAAUUGACAGAUUUCUUUUUCAAUUGUUGCAUCUCGUUGUGUUGUUGUCCUCUGGUGCCUAGCUAGCCAGCUAGCUAACAUUGUCCCUUUCCUAAAUUAGCCAUGGAUGGAGAUAAGGAUUUGGACUUGUGGUUUUACUUAGUUCUCCGUACUGGCCAAUGAUUACAACGGCGAUUCUGAUCCAACCAUAAAUUCAUACAUUGUUUACCUGGCCUGAGAGAAUAGAAGUUCAAUAUGUAGCUAGAUGUAGAAGGCUAAUGUUAACUAGCUAACGUUGGAAGUUAGGCUAGCGAGCAAGCGUUUUAGCCAGGUAGCCUAGGACAACAAAAACUGUAAGUGUGUACUGUAUGACAGAGUGAUAGACCGUUUCAGCAACAUGAGAGGAGGAUGGCGUUGGUGUUUCUCUACAUGUAUAGUGAGUCAACAUGUUUUCUACUCGCACGAACACACACACACACACACACACACGAACACACAGACACACACACACGAACACACAGACACACACACACACACACACACACACACGAACACACAGACACACACACACGAACACACAGACACACACACACGAACACACACACACACACACACACACACACACGAACACACAGACACACACACACACACACACACACGAACACACAGACACACACACACGAACACACAGACACACACACACGAACACACACACACACACACACACACACACACGAACACACAGACACACACACACUCAACCCAGAAAUCAGAACCAUGGACAGCCACAUCAUAUUUAUCUUACGUUGAUUGGACUAAAUAGUUUUUUGGUUAUCUUUUAGUUGUCUCAGUAUUAGACGGAGCAGAGUUUAACUGUUGGUGCUGGAAUAGAGGAGGCAGCUCCUAGUUUCUUUGCGGCUUGUGAUAACGCUCUGUGGUUCUAUAUCAAUAGUUGUUUAGAGGUUCGAAAAUGUCUGAAACAAACAAGUUGAUUGACCAUUGCUGUUAUGUCACGUAACUGGUUACUGUACCUGCAAUAUGCUUUGUGGACGUCACUGGACAAGAGGUUGCCAUUUUGUAAUAAAACUAAAAUGAGGUUGCAUUUA